AGACGCCGCGCGCUCGUGCUCCGGUUGAUACUGUUUCACGGCACAUUUUAUAGUCAGCCGGUCGCGAAGUAACGUAGUGAACACACGAUGAUCUCGCGGAUUUUAUAAAACCAGCGUUCCUCCGUGCUUAGCACAUUAGUGGGCCUGCAUCAACUCGAUCGACUGUCAUCUGCGACGAUUCUUUAUCAUUUCGUACUCUCAUCGUGACUGAACGGCUUCUACCUUUCUGUUGCGGAUUUGUCAGCGAAACACAUCUGAGACAAGGCAGAAGUGCGCCGGUCUAACCAGAGUCUAAUACUAUUAAGGAGUUAACGGGUAUCCAGUUGGAAAACGAACGCUUCUAGUAGUAUGUCGCAGUUGAUCGAACAACGUUCACUGAGACCUUCCUAGUUCAAUAAGAGAUGACCGGAGGUGGGACCAACAUGGCGUAUCACGGCCUUAGUCAACAUGUCAAUUUUGACAUGAUACCGGAUCCCGGCGAGCGUUUUCGAUUGGAAGAAUUGAUCGGUGAGGGUACAUAUGGCGAAGUGUAUGCCGCUUACGAUAAAGAAACUGGCAACAAGGUAGCCGUGAAAAUAUUGGAGAAUGUCGCUGACAAUAUCGAGGAGAUCGAGGAAGAAUAUCUAGUGCUGCGAGAUCUGAGUUUACACCCGAACAUUCCUCUCUUCCACGGGUUGUUUUUAAAACGUGCCAAGCCUGGUCAGGAAGAGGAUCAGUUAUGGUUCGUGAUGGAGCUGUGCACCGGAGGCUCCGUGACCGAUCUCGUGCAGGGUGUGAAAAAACGCGGCAGUCGUCUAACGGAUGACCAAAUAGCUUACAUCUUAAAGGAGACCGUCGAAGCUCUGAUAUUUCUGCACAGCAAUCACUGUAUGCAUCGCGACGUAAAGGGUCACAACAUCCUGCUCACCGAAGAAGCGCGUGUCAAAUUGGUCGAUUUCGGCGUGUCCUCGCAUCUGGCCGCGACUCUCGCCAGGAAAAACACAUCUGUCGGAACACCGUACUGGAUGGCGCCAGAGGUGAUAGCUUGCGAGCAGCAAUUGGACUCCUCGUACGAUUCGCGCUGCGACGUCUGGUCGAUCGGCAUCACCGCCAUCGAGUUAGCCGAGGGCGAUCCUCCACUGUCGGAAUUGCAUCCCAUGCGAGCGCUCUUUCAAAUUCCGAGAAAUCCUCCGCCCUCCCUGAAGAAUCCGGACAUCUACUCGCCCGAAUUAACCGAUUUCAUAGCCGAAUGCUUGGUGAAGGAUCUCGAGCAUCGGCCGUUCGCGAGCGAAUUGAAGGAGCAUCCGCUAUUGUCGAGCGUGGAGCCGAUCGUGGGGAAGAUCAGGGAGCAAUUGAGAGAAGAAAUACGUAGACAAAGAGCGGAGGGCCGAAUUCACCGGCAGCCGGAGGUGACUACGAAACAUGGCAAAUUGAAGACGGACCGCAAGACGAGACCGGAGAAGAUGUAUAUGGACGAUUUGGCGGCACUCGACAUGCUGUCGGAAGAAGGUAUCGUCGAUCAAUUGCAACACCGAUACGAGCAAACGCAGAUAUACACAUACAUCGGUGAUAUACUGGUUGCGGUUAAUCCUUUCACUAAUCUGGGUUUAUAUACCGGUAUCGAGCAAAAACGAUACAAGGGCCAAGCGAGAUCGGAUAAUCCUCCGCACAUAUUCGCGGUCGCCGAUGCCGCGUAUCAAGCACUGCUUCAUCAACGUCAAAACCAAGCAAUAGUUAUUAGCGGUGAAUCGGGCGCCGGGAAGACGGAAAGCGCGAAUUUAUUAUUGAAACAGCUCGUGUAUCUCAGCAAGGCGCCAAAUCGCAACCUCGAGGAGAGGAUACUUCAGAUAAAUUCUAUAAUGGAGGCAUUCGGAAACGCCACGACCGGUAUAAACGCCAAUUCCUCCAGAUUCGGAAAGUAUCUGGAUUUAACGAUGACGAAAGGUGGAAAGGUGACCGGUGCGCGGAUCUCAGUAUACCUGUUGGAGCAAUCGCGUGUGAUCGCCCAAGCUGAAGGAGAGCGAAACUUUCACAUUUUCUAUUACAUGUACGAUGGCUUGGAGGCGGACAAUCGCCUCUCAGAAUUUUAUCUCGAUUCUACGCUUCGAAGGUAUCAUCGAUAUCUCACGCAUUACAGUCACACGUCGCAGACACACAUCGACAAGUUCCAGCAGCUCAAGAUGGGUUUCAAGGUGCUCGGAUUUCAGGACAGCGAAGUGGACACGGUGUAUCGAGUUUUAGCCGCUAUUCUCCAUCUAGGUGACAUUGAGUUCGUCGAAGUGGCAAGCCAAGACAAUACCGACAAUAAGAGCACAGUGAUCGACAAUAUUCCGUUACAUAGAGUUUCGAAAUUGCUCGGCGUCGAACACAAUGAUCUCUUAGAAGCCCUGACAUCAAACUCGGUAAUGACCAGAGGCGAGACAAUUACGCGGAACAAUACGGUGGCCGAGGCACGCGCGGCCCGCGACGCAAUGGCCAAGGGUCUUUACGGUCGACUGUUCGAUUGGAUGGUGAACCAGAUCAAUUGUUUGCUGUGCUUUAGCCGCUCGCCGAAUUACGAGCCGUUGGCGAUCGGUUUGCUCGAUAUCUUCGGCUUCGAAAACUUCCCCAGAAACUCAUUCGAGCAACUCUGCAUCAAUAUCGCCAACGAGCAGAUACAAUACUACUUCAAUCAGCAUAUCUUUACUUGGGAGCAACAGGAAUACAUGGCCGAGGGAAUACCAGUCGAUCUCGUCGAGUUCUCCGACAACAGACCGGUUCUCGACAUGUUACUCAGCAAACCCAUGGGACUGUUGGCGCUUCUGGAUGAAGAGAGUCGAUUUCCCAGAGCGACCAAUCGAUCGCUGAUCGAAAAGUUCCACAAUAACAUCAAAUCAAAGUUCUACGUACGUCCCAAAUCGGACGCGGUCUGUUUCGCGAUCCAUCAUUUCGCCGGACGCGUCGUCUAUCAAGCUGAAGGAUUUCUCGAGAAGAACAGAAACUUCCUGCCGCCCGAGGUCAUUCAACUGGUACGACAAUCGCAGUACGACAUGGUUCGUUUCCUGUUCCAAUGUCCGAUCACGAAAACCGGUAACCUGUACUCGGCGCUGCAGGAGAAUGGCUCGAGAAAAUCGCAAUCCAAUCAAAACACAAAAGAACGUUAUUCUAGUCGAGGUUUAGCCUCACAAUCGAGAGCCCAGCAGACGGUAUCUACAUAUUUCCGAUAUUCCCUGAUGGAUUUAUUACAAAAAAUGGUAUCCGGCUCGCCUCAAUUCGUUCGAUGCAUAAAGCCAAAUGAUUCGCGAAGUCCACGGUUCUUCGACAAGGACAAGGUUGUGAAGCAACUGAGAUACACCGGUGUUCUCGAAACGAUACGUAUACGACAAAACGGAUUUUCUCAUAGGAUACCUUUCAACGAAUUUCUUAAAAGAUACUGCUUCCUUGCUUUCGGCUACGACGAACGCGUGGUUGCCAAUCGAGAUAAUUGUCGGCUUCUUUUGAUACGAUUAAAGAUGGAUGGAUGGGCGUUGGGUAAAACAAAAGUAUUCCUAAAGUAUUAUCACGUCGAAUUCCUCUCAAAGUUAUACGAGGAGCAACUGAGAAAGAUCAUUAUGGUUCAAGCGUGCGUUCGACGCUGGCUGGCAAAGAUAAAAUUCAAAAAGCAAAAAUGGCAAUUCGCCGUAUCGGUUGUAACGUUACAACGUCAUAUCCGAGGCUGGUUAUCGCGAAAAAGAAUGGAAGAAAUGCUGGUUGAAAAACGUGCAAAAGACGAAAAUAUGACGUUCGAUUUUAAGUCGAAUGAGACAAAAAAUAAAACACAGGAAAAUAUGGACGUUAAUAAUCGUGAGAAGCAACGACAAGUAUCUAAAAAUCUAAAACAGGACGAUGCCGCGAUUAUCAUACAAAGCCAUUUUCGAGGCUAUACCAUCCGCAAACGUUUUGGAUGCCAGCUGGAAGAACGUUUCAAAAAUAUUUUAAACAAUUAUGACAACAUAUUCGACGCUCAUAAGGCAUUGUUACGCGAAGGAUUAAAACACGAAGACGCCGCUCUUAUCGUUCAAAGAUGGUAUAAAAAAGAAGAGAAAAUAGUGAAAAAGAAACCAAUCGCGAAGGACUCCGUACAUCCUAAAUUACGACAAGCGGAUCUAAUCCAGUUUUCUCAAAAUGUACACAUGAAGAAUCAAGAGGUGCACAAAAAUCUGCGUCGCAACAAGCCCGGUGUAAGAUUGAGCGAUAUCGGGGAACCGCCUUUGGAUUAUGUACGUCCCGAGGGAUUUAAUAUGGUACAAUCGAUAUUGCAUUAUCGUAGCGGGACGCAGCCGGAUGAGGAAGACAGCGUCAAGUAUUACCGGGAUUUAAAAGAGGAGAUGAGCAGUGGUUCGGAAUUCGAAGACGACGAAGUUGGCUGGGACUUACCGUUGAUACGGCUAGAAAAUGACCUUCGCACAUUGCCGAGGAAUCGGAGCAGCCAGAUUCUGGAAAUGAAUGCCGAGAGAAGAGAUCGCGCGGCUCAGGGCGAUUUUGCAGUGGCACCGGAGCAACAUCUGUCAAACAUUUGGCACAAAGCUCUGAGACAUCCAUCCGAUCGACGCGAGAACGAGAGCUCCAAGAAAAAUGUCAAUACAAGGAUUAAUGAACUGUAUAGCAACAACCUGCAAUCACACGCAGAUGGGCAACGUGCAAUCGGUACUCCGCAUAUCCACGAUCCAUCUGGCCUACGAGUCACAAUCGACGACCAAUGCAAUGCCGUAAACGAACAACAGAAUAUCCUUAAUGGACAAAGUCUAAUUAACGAUCAUCAUAAUUUUGUUAAUGAACGCCACACCUCGAUUAGUAGCUGUAACAAUUAUCAAGCUCCUUGCAAAAUAAAUAAUAGCGUAACGAGGCAAAUAAAAAAUACGGAACAAUUAACUAACGGCUUAUCAAAUGAAAACAAGUCGGAAAAAGCAUCGGAUCGAUCGGAUCCUAAACAAAAUGGUUAUCCAAUGAAAAAUCAUCAAAAUAAUGUGGAUCAUAAGAAUGGUAUUAAUCGAUUAACAAAUGGAAAAUCGACGGAUCAAGAACAGCUUCAGAAAGACAAUUUCCAUAUCGCCGCUAAUCUCAGACAACUUCUAAGGCCGACUGUGAUUGAGAAACGGCAGGAGAUCGCCAAGGUCGAAUACGAUGACGAGGAUAUUAAUGGCCCUUACAAUUUCAGACAGCUCCUAAGGCCGACCGAAUAUCUCCCGACGGAAUCUUUAAGGAAGAGGAAAGGAGGACUUGUUUCUAAUGGAGGAGUGCCACUGCCGAAAGACAAAGUUCCGGAGAAACACGUUAAGAGAAGAGCGCCGUUGGCACCGACUCAGAAUAGGCCAGUCAACGGAAAGAAGUGAUGUUACCUUGUAUUAUUCAGUAGAAAUAUUCCUAUCUAAGAGAUUUGACUUCACGGAUGAAUGAAUAUCAUCUACGAAUAACACAUAAAUCGUGAUGAUUAAUUAUUGUAAAAUAUUGACCAUUUUUUUUUUCUUUUUUUUUUUGUUAAAUCUCCUCUCGACAUGUAUAUACAAAUUAAGAGAAAUUUUAUUAUUAUCGCCAUUAACACAAAAAAAAAUGUAACUUGAAUCCUAUUAGAAUAUAUAGAAAAUAAUCGUCGAAGAAUAUAUAAUGCACUGUGCGCGUACAGUAUAAUUUCAAUAAUCGAUAAAAAAAUAUUUUACAUUAAUUGGGUACGAAAAAUAGUAUGAUAUAUACAUGUGAGAUUCGAUACAACAUCUAGCUAUAACGCGAAUUAUAUAUAAGAAAGAUGCAUUAUAUUAUAAUAUGUAUAUUAUUGCGGCAUGGAAUUGCUCGAUUCUUUUCAACGUAGAGAAGAUAAAGAAAGAGUUCCGCCUUUAUAUAUAUAUAUAUUUCCUUUCCGUAUAAAAGUACAAUAUCGUGUGCUGUAUAAAGUUGUGUGAUUUCAAAGUCUGAAAAGUUUUCUUUAGGGCUAAUCACAAUAUGCAUUUGCCGGAUAACGUUUGCGUACCAGAAAGAUAUACACGAAAUAUUUCAUGCUGUUUUAUUUAGUUGGAAAGAUAAUCGAUGGCAAUUAUAUACUUCUUCCAUACCGAAUUCUUAGUAAAGAUCGCUAGUUUUUAUCAUAAACGUAUCUAUACUUAUUCAAAAGUGAUGUAAUGUGAAACAAUAUAUUCAAGAAAUCAUAUUAUCGCGGCAAUAUAUUUAACUCUAUAACAUAAUUUAUUAUUACCACUUGCUACGAAAAUAUGUACCAGAGUUAGUACGCGUCUAGUACUAGUCAUGUCUAGCUUUAUUUAAGUUUUAAUCCAUGAUCAAUGUAGAUACAAAAAAAAAUAAAAUAAAAUAUGCUUAUUAAA